AACUGUUUUUAAGGCUUUAUUCUGCGCUAAAAUAAUUUAUAAACAGACGCAUCACAAUUUGAAAUGUCUUUGGAUCACAAUCCGCAAUGCUCAGCGUGCAAAAUAGCAAACUCUUUGAUGUGGAGGAAAGGUUCUAAUGGGGAAGUUCUGUGUAACAGCUGCCACCUGAAGCGAGUUAAUUCGAGUGUACGUGCGCAAAGACAAAGCUCUAAGGAAAGCAAGAAGCUCAUUGCAAGAAUUAAGGCAGGAACAAGGAAAGGCUACAAUGGAAAAACAGGUGAAAGGUCCAGAGGUCGUCGAACAUUGCAAAAGAUAAAAAGAAAGGUAAGCUGAAGGCAGCUGCGUUCGUUGCUAUAUGCCAGACAGUCGGAAAGGGUCUCAAAAAAGGUAAAUACCUGGCAGUCAGAAAAUUUAGUUAACUGAGGAUAGAAUACUUUCAAGACGUUAGGGAAAGUGAUUUCGUAGAAAUUCUACAAAAUUUUCUGACUGGUGGGUAUUUACAAUGUAGUUUUUUGAAACCCUUCCCAAAUGUCAGGCAUAUAGCCACAGCUUUAUUUAAAACGUUGUGGCUGGUUGCUGGUCAGAAAACUAAAUGACCAGCAGUCUGAUAUGUUCAAUAAAUUUGACGAAUAAAAAGACUCAGCUAAUCCAAACUGUCAUCUGUCCAUUUUGAAAAGUCAAGUGAUCCUCAAAAUGCAUAGCUUUAUAGAUUUCAAACCCAUGGCUUAAACUGAGCUCAGGGAAUGAAACCAUGAUUUAUAACACCGAGAGACAAAUGUCUGGCUCCAGUUAUAUUGAAAAUUUCAAGCACAUGCAAUGGGAGUCUGUGCAUAUGAUUACAAAGAAAAGAGGAACCUGUUCCAGAGAAGAGUUGGGAGACAGUUUGGGAAGCUUUGCAAAGAAUUUGAAGAUAAAUUGUCACUGUUUGCAAAGAUUGAUGCAGGAAGGUUUAUCAAUAAAAUGUGCCACUUUUGUAAAACAAGUCCAUUUCUUUUUUUUUUGUCAUGACUUGUUGGGAAGUAGCCAUCAUACACUGCAAAAUCCAGCCUAACUUAAAAGUUCAACACAUUGUUUGGACUGGAAAUUGGGUUGUAAUCCAUUUCGCAGCCUUUUGGUUUACUAAGCCAAAUGCUGAAACAUGACCAUAUUAAACUAGGGGGUCCAGGGGCAUGCUCCUGCAGAAAGAUUUAAGGUCUGUCUGAAAUAGCUGAAAGUGCAUUAAAACUUGUAUCCUUCUUAAAUACUGUUUACAUAUUUUUAGUUAUUUUAUUUGAUAGUUAGUAGUUUUUGAAAAUCAGGUUUGCUCUUGAAUUGUGUCAAAACUCUUUACUUGACUUACAGUACAUCCUUGCAGAAUAAAAAUUAGUGAAUAAUUCAAAAUACUGCAUCCAUGCGGAGGCUCCAAAAUAAAGUAGUCUUGACUCAUUAUUCGUGACUAGUCACAGUCAGUUCCCUCUUAACUUUUAAACAUGUUUAACUGAAAUGAAACCUCUGAGACACUCACGCUGGUAUCCUGAAAAAAAUGCACUGAAGGCUCUGCCACAUAGCACUGUUUACAUAGGUUUUGCCCCUUUGGCUUUAUUCUCUAAUUUUUUGUACUUUGCUUACUCUAAGCACCAGCAUUUUAGUCCACCAAUCAAGUGGCUUCUCCGAGGAAACCAAUAAUUAUCAGAAAAAAGGCAAAUGUGCUUGUUGCGGUCAUCAAUAGAAGUCCUCCUCCCACGACCUAUUUCACAUCUGUCUUAUAUUUUAUUACUACCACAUGUGCACAGUUUCUUAUGCCCUUGAAAUGAUUGAGAAGACAUGGGGCAUACCCAGAUGUUGUUUAUUAAGAUACUAACACAAGGGAGUUUGAGCACCAAAUUAAGGCGCAAACCUUGAAGGCUUAGCUCUGAAAUGCUAUUUUCAGCGUUUUUGCCGUAACAUGUCUUGUAACAGAUAGUAAAAUGACCUAGGCAUUUUGAAGGAUAUUUUUUAUUUACACAACGAACAUUGACGUUUUUAAGAAGAGCUUGUCAAUCCAACGGUUGAAAACCAACCCACUUUUACAUUUUUACAAUAUUUCUUUGAUUAGGAUAGUUUAACCUUUUUAACAGGAGGUGGGAGAUAACAUGCAUGUGUAUUCUCGUCGAUUGUAUUGCAUGAGGUGCACGCAGCUAAAGUUGGCUCAGCAUGCACAAGAUCUUGUCAAGUCCUGCCACACUCUGCAGACUGGCCUACAUCAAUGUGUACAUUACGUUUUUAUCAGGCACUCUGUUGCUGCUUAGUUUUAUGACCAUUUUAUUCACUUAUUAGUACAGACAAAUACAGACACCAAUUAGACACGCCAAAGGAUUUGUGUAGGUUCUCACAAUAAAUAUCACUAGCAUAUUCAAAUGCAGCACUGCAACAUGAUCUGGCCUUGACAGUGUAAUAUACGUGUAGUUGAUCACUUUGCUUUGCAGUGUGAUUUUCAGUUUUUGGUUCAGCUAUAGUGCAGACAGACUGAAUAUGAAAUCAAAUGCUGUUGGCUUAUCUUUUUGGGUUCCCACUAGUGUACCCUGUGAGUAGAGUUUCUUUCCAGCAUUGGCUUUUGGCAUUUACAAAGUCAUUCAUGUCAUGAAUUCACUUUUUAAGGGACGUUUUCACUGCUGUCACCGUCCUCUCAUGUUAAGGUCCCUACUGUUUUCUUACCAUAAUUUUUUUCUUCACUUCAAUUUUAAUGUUAAGUAAUAUCGGGAUGGAAUGUUGAAAAAAUCUUCAGUCUUCAACCCUCCAAGUUAAAGUUUUUGCUUGGUGACCAUUUGGCAACCAACUCUUUAGGUUUAGGGAGAAUUUUUUGCAAAUCAAGUCGCAGUUUCAAAAUUUUAGGUGCCAUGGCGACCAAAAUGGUUGCAACUUGGAGGGUUGGUCUUGAAAGAUUCAUGUACUCUGUGCAGUGAAACAUCAGUUCCUUGCUAGUCGGAGAGCAGGAUUCACAUUUGAUCAUUAUUUUGAUCUUUGUGUUGAUGAUGUUUAUUUUUACUCAAUCAGUUGAAUGUCAACUCCUGACUUAAGAACCAUUCAAUUUUGGCUGUCAUUAUGGGCAACAAUAAAGUACUGUCACUCUAAUAAUAUUAUGCUUUCUUUCUAUGUAGCCAUAUAAAUCACCAGAGGGAUUUGCAACUGUAGUAGCAGCAGACAGGAUUUAUUUCCAGGUUUGACUAGUUAUCUUAAUACAUUCAUUAAAAUAAAGUUUUUUAGAUACCUAAUGGCUUCUAUGUGUAAACAUUAUUAAAAUGAGUAGAACAAAAGCAAGCUGAAACGUGAUAGAUACAAACUGUACUGUAUAAGAAAAGUUGUUGCAUAGACUUUGCAAGGCUCUAGUUUGUCUAGGCUAAGACUUUACUGUUAAAAUUCUUGAGCUAGAUAAACAUGUUAAUUUUUAAUUUGAUGAUAAUAAUAAUAUUAUAAUUAUUAUAAUAUUAAUAAUAAUUAUGAUAAUGAUAAAAAUAAUAACGAUAAUAAUUAUAAUAAUAAUUUUGUUAUAUGUGAAAUGUUUGAACCCAGGAGUCAUUUCUUAAGGAGGUUGAGUUUGAUCGUCCGGGUGAACCUAGUCCUGAAUAGGACUGUUGUUGUUGACAGUGACUGACGUCUCGACAACAUGUGCGGUAGUCAUCUUCAGAGUCAAAGUGAGUUGUAUCACGCGAGAGGCACCUCUGAAACUAUUGCACAUAUACUACAACCUUACAAUAUACAUGUUGCUCACAAACCGAUAACCACUUUACGACAACUGCUUACUAAAGUUUAGGAAAAAGACAAACUGGAGGACAGACAGGGAGCAGUAUACAAGGUCAAAUGCUGCAGCUGCCAGGCUUCUUCCGGCAGAAACCUUAGCAUGCAACAGUCCGAACACAAAUGAGCAACGAGAAAUGGUGAUGUCAACAAUCACAUUGCUGAUCAUCAUUUACAGACGAAACAUCUGGGACGAAACAUGACUGAGACUUUGUGACAUGUAUUACGUGCUCUACAGACUACUAUCAAUGACUCACUAUAGAAAGCUGGUUUACUAACUUACAACAAACACCACUGAAUUGUAGUCAACAGUUACCAGCACCGUAAAGACGACGUAUUGACAGAAUCAAGCAAAACUAACAACGGGAGGAUAACUGACAACUGACAAUUUGACUAACAAUAAACAAAUGUUCAACUGUGACAAUACACGGAUCGAAAUGCACCAAUGACAUUACGAGUCUUCAUAACCAAUAAUAUCACUGCUUAACUGACAUUCGACCAAUAACAUCGCAACUAUACUGACCAAUCACGUCAAUAACCAAAGUUUAAUAUUAUCAGCUGACAUGAUACAACUCACUUUGACUCUGAAGAGGACUACUGCACAGGUUGUCGAAACGUCAGGCACUCUCAACAACAACAGUCCUAUUCAGGACUACGUUCACCCUGGAUGAUCAUACUCAACCUACUUAUGAAAUUUUGUUAUAUAUAGCCCUGAUUUUCAUUGGACUAAUAGCACUUUUAUUCACUUUGUCCGUCAUUGCCGUCAUUACAGCUGUAUAUGCAGGACCUCAUGACUAACAGUAACUGGUAGAGCUUUCAACUCAAAAAGUUAUAGUUGCUGAGACUGGCAAAAGCAUCAACACAUUGAACGGAGUUACAGAGGAGCACAGCGCUGACUUGGAGUCUGAUGAAUACAUUACAUACAUAAAUAACACAGACUGUUACUAAUAAUACACUACCACGAAAUUGGAGUCAGUAGUUACUGGCACCUAAGAAACGACUUAGUGAUAAACAAGUCAGCAGAACUACAAGCAAUAGAGUAUAUCCUGAGGUCAGGCCCAAUUUUCUUUUGUGCGGCUCAGCUAAAGUUUGCGAGAAUUUUGUAUACCGAUUAAAACUUGAAGCAAAAAAGAGCCUGUUCCUAAGUUAAUAGAGUAAGACAUCAUUCAGUUUGAAAUUAACAUUAUAGCUGUUAGGAUCUUUGGGGUCAGAUUACAACUAUUGUUCUACUACAGCUCUCAUGUUGUGUCAACCGCUCCAACAUAGUAAUGUUUCCCUCUGGUGUUUGUAAACAGGGUAUUUUGUACCAAGUCGGGGACAUAGUAUCCAUUGAAGAUGUAGAAGGCGAUUUAUACUAUGCUCAGUUAAGAGGAUUCCUUCAAGAUCAGUAUGCGCGUAAAACAGCAGUCAUCACCUGGCUUAUUCCCCUGCUACCUAAACCAUCAUACUUCGAUCCAGCACUCUUUUUACCAGGUAAUUAGUACUACACAUUGCUUUAAUUGAGGGUGGCCAAAUCGCCUGUUUGAGUGGAUCGUGAGUCGUGAGUUUGGGGAGCAAAGGUGGCGCAGUGGUGAGAGGGCUCGCCUCCCACCAAUUUGGCCCGGGUUCAAAUCCCGGCGUCGACGCCAUAUGUGGGUUAAGUUUGUUGUUGGUUCUCUCCCUUGCUCCGAGAGGUUUUUCUCCGCGUACUCCGGUUUUCCCCUCUCCUUAAAAAAAACCAACACUUCCAAAUUCCAAUGCGAUCUGGAACGCACAUUUAAACGAGUUCAUAUGAACUUCUAUGUGCUUCGUGGGUAAACAAGCAAUUUAAAAAAUUAAAAAAAAAAUAAGUGGUGCGUCGUGGUUCGUGCGUCGGGCGUGAGUCUUGCAUCUUGCGUGUUCUAAAAGAUCAUCAAACAGGACGGUAUUUUUUGGUGCACGCUUUUAUUUACCAAGAAUAAAGUGAGAGCAUCCCAUCUCUAAAGUGAGACCAAUCUGAAUAUCAAAAUAGUUUAGUAUCUGUGAAACGUAAGGGUUAUAUUAAUAACGUAGAGAUUUUUUUAUUAUUACUUUUGGAAUGUUUUGAUGCAUCUCGUACAGAUUAUCUAAGUAGUUACUAUUGGUUAAAAAUGAUGCUUACUGCACACGGAAAAUCGGUCACUUUAAAACACGGACUGUGAACUGGGUAUAAAACACAGACUGUGAACUGGGUAUAAAACACGGACUGUGAACUGUGUAUAAAACACAGACUGGAGACCACGGACUGGGUAUAAGAAAUGGACUAGAUAUCAGACAAGUGACACAUCAAGCAUUAACCAAACUUAACGUGUAAAAAAAAUCUUUUUUUACUUUCCAGGGUUGUGGGGGUGGGUGGCAGUGAUUUUUGAGGGGAGGGGGUAACUUUUUAAAGCAGGUUUAACUUUAGGUGUUCAAUUUGACGAAAUGUGAGGGGGGUCAAAUUUUUAUGACACAGGAUUGGCAUUCAAUAUAAAAGUUAAGCCAUAUUGUAAUUAGAGCGAUUUUCGUAAGACCUUGAAAUGAAAACGCGCGAACAAAAUAGAAACAACAAACGAACGAAAAUACAGCGAUUUGAUUGGUUUAUAGAACGGACACAAACGCGCGUGGCUUUUGCUUGGUUAAGCGAACGCUCGGGUGAAAAAACUUUGUGCCCCAGAACUUUCUAGAAAUCAAUCGAUACUUCGCUUUGACGUCAUACUGCAACACGAUUGGCCAAUCAAACAAUGCUUUCUCCAUGUUAGGGUUUUCUUUGGUGGGAAACCGAACCGAAACUGAAGAGUCCAUGUUUUGAUCUUUUCAUCCAUUGGCUGAUAAAACAAAUAACGAACACUUACCGAAACCAUUUUUCAAGGUCAUACGAAAAUCGCUCUAAAGCAAAUUCCGUUUCCUUUUAAUAGCAGAAAAAAUCCCUAAAGCAAUUCCUCGCUGUUGAUGUUCUUGCACUGUUCUCAGAUCUCGCUAGAGCUCUACAAUUCUUUUGCGUCCCUUAUUUUGACCACUAGAGAACAGACGAAUAAUUUCAUUAUUAAGAUGAAGAUGUAACUACUUUCCGGGAACGUAGGAAAUAAUCUGAAUGUAGUAUAAGUUUUGAUACACCACACUUUUCUGAAAACCACCCCCUCCCAAGGAUUGCUACCUUAACAAACGAAGGACCAAGGGUCUUCCCCACCCCUCCUCAACUUUUGCUCUUACCCAACUUACACGUGCAGGACCUAGAACCUACGAGGUUCGAUCUGCAACGCUUGCCCCACAAAGCACGAUCCACUGCAAACGACCCACCACCCACCCACGCACGCCAAUUACACAAACUCUCUGCAGUUCCAAGGUUUUUUUUCUUCUGUUAUUAAAGUGAAACCAUACGGAUUUUUGAACCUUUUUUUUGCAGUCAGUUUAUUAUGACGAUUAUACCGUGCGUUAUCUAAAGUAAGGCGUAUUGAAGACCUUAAGAGUUUUCAACACUUUUCGAUAUGCACUGAGACGGUCAAUGCUUCCUUGGUUUAACUAUGUAAAAUGAAGAACGCUACAUACACUUGUAAGAUGAAUGUCUUUGUUUUAACACGAAUAGGCCUAUUGCGUAUUUCAUUUCAGCUGAAUUUAGCCCCACUUGAGACUCGUGUACAUCUCAAUUCGCAGAAAAUUCCAUUAUGUGAGAAGCCAGAAGAGCGAAGUCAUUUAAACUUGUCACGUUUAGGAAUAUCAGAAUUGUUUCAACGGGAAGCUACAGUUGUACUUCGCGUUGUGUGUUACAUACAAAAUAUUUAAAACGUGUGCCGAUCCGGCAGUUUCAUUUUGUUGGCCCUUCACCGAUGAACUACAGUUCUAGCCAACGCAGCAUACUAAUGAGUCUGCGUGUGCACCGCAUUGUGUGCGUCUGCUCAGGUUCAUAUACGUGCCCGGCCAGACGCGUGUACUUUGGUUCGCUUAGUUCUGACCUUCAGUGUAUAUUUAUUUUUGUUUUAGUGGAUAGAAUCGUUGUCAGUAGAUUUUCUAUCUUUCUCUAUUUUGUCACCUUACUACAGAUUUUCGUAGUUGCGAGUUUGUUUUCUUAUUUGAUUUCUGCAGGACCUGAGGAGGAUACGCCUAGGCCGAUGGAGUGCAUGGAAUUUGUUUGCAGAGCGCCAACAGAACUUUUUAAAUCCAGAAGAGAACAUCCGCCAUUUGUUAUUCCACGACCACCUGACCUUAAUGACUUAACAACAGCAGCAGAAAUGCUUCUUAAGACCGAAGGAACUUCCACAACAAUUUAACAACAGACUGAAAAGCUGGCCUGUACUGUAUCUGCUGCUCUUAGCACAGUUGUCUUAGUCUGCAGAACAGGCGUCGUUAUGUUAAGGGGUUUUUUAGACGAGCGUACGUGUCUCGCGCUUCACGCCCGCUUCGUGCUUCGUUCGCCUGAAAAAGGCGAAACAAACAGCGGCUGUUCUGCGACUGCAGGCUCCAGUUGUGUUGGAAUAAAAUCAUUAGUAAGACC